AUGAAAAGGAAUUUGAGUGAAAAUCAACCCAGACCCACAGCAGGUUGCCUGUCUGUGCCUCUGUUUAAUCAAAAGAAACGAAGCAGAUUACCUUUGACAUCAAAUCCCUUAGAGAAUGAAUUCUGCCCCAUGUUUCAGAUGAAACCAGCUGUGGAUAAUUCCUUGCGGAUUCUAACAGCAGUCAUUGAAGGCAUGAAACACUGGAGCCAGUACAGGGAUAGAGGGCCCUUCUUAUUCGAGGUUUUUGCUGCCCUCGACUCUGCAGUCACAGUUGGAAGUCAUGGUGCAAAGAGCUUCCUCUUGAGAGAUAAAACGGAUGCUGUGCAGUGUGUUUUCUACGAAACUGACCGAGACCUUCCCAGACUGACCCGGGGUCAGGUCCACCGCUGCGUGGGGAACUACCACCCGCAGAGGAACCUUUUCACGUGUGUGUCCGUCAGGCCUGCCUCGUCCUCGGAGCAGAGGAACGCCCAGGAGUCCGUGAGAGCGUCCGACGCGGAGAUGAGGCGGCUGGUCAGAUCCUUCAGUGAAAUGUAG